AUGUUCUUCUGUUUAUUAGAGCUGAACCUCAAAACCAAACUGAUUGAGAAAUAUAAAAGAAUUAAUGAAGGAAUCUCACAGCCUGGAUCAUCAGUUCUCCUGGAUCAGAUCUACACUGAGCUCUACAUCACAGAGGGUUCGAGUGGAGACGUCAAUAAUGAACAUGAGGUGAGACAGAUUGAAACGACAUCCAGGAGACCAACAACACAGGAGAAACCUAUUAAAUGUAACAACCUCUUUAAAGACACGUCCAUCAGAACUGUGCUGACUAAAGGAGUUGCUGGAAUUGGAAAAACAGUCUCUGUGCAGAAGUUCAUUCUGGACUGGGCUGAAGGAAAAGCCAAUCAGGACGUUCUCUUCAUGUUCCCACUUCCCUUUAGAGAGCUGAAUCUGAUGAAGGAGAACCAUCUCAGUCUGACUGAGCUUCUUCGUUAUUUCUUUCCAGAAUUAAAAGAAAUAAAAUCAAUAAACUGCAGCACCUACAAGAUAAUUUUCAUCUUUGAUGGUCUGGAUGAGUGUCGACUUCCUCUAAACUUCCAGAACAAUGAGACUGUGAGGGAUGUGACAGAAUCAGCCUCAGUGGAUGUGCUGCUGACAAACCUCAUCAAGGGGAACCUGCUUCCCUCUGCUCUCCUCUGGAUCACCUCUCGACCAGCUGCAGCCAAUCAGAUCCCUCCUGAGUGUGUAGUCCAGGUAACAGAGGUACGAGGGUUCAGUGAUCCUCAGAAAGAGGAGUACUUCAGGAAGAGGAUCAGUGAUGAGGACCUGGCCAGUACAAUCAUCAAACACAUAAAGUCAUCAAGAAGCCUCUACAUCAUGUGUCACAUUCCAGUGUUCUGCUGGAUUUCAGCCUCUGUUCUAGAGAGAAUGCUGGGUGAAGCAGAGGGUGGAGAGAUCCCCAAAACUCUGACUCAAAUGUUCACCCACUUCCUGAUCUUUCAGAUCAAACACAAGGAACAAAAGUACCAUGGGAAAUGUGACCCUGACCCUCAUCAGACCACAGAGGCGAUACUGGCACUGGGAAAACUGGCUUUCCAACAGCUGGAGAAAGGAAACCUGAUCUUCUAUGAAGAAGACCUGAGAGAGUGUGGUAUUGAUGUCAGAGAAGUGUCAGUGUACUCAGGAGUGUGCACCCAGAUCUUCAGAGAGGAGUUGGGGUUACACCUGGGGAAGGUCUUCAGCUUUUCCAGCAUGUCUGAUUUCCUCAAGAGUGCAGUGGACAAGGCUUUACAGUGUGAGAAUGGACACCUGGACCUUUUCCUUCGUUUCCUUCUGGGUCUCUCUCUGGAGUCCAAUCAGACUCUCAUACGAGACCUACUGACACAGACAGGAAGUAGCUCUCACAGUAAAGAGGAAACUGUUAAGUACAUCAAGGAGAAGAUCGGGGAGAAUCCCUCACCAGAGAAAUCCAUCAAUCUGUUCCACUGUCUGAAUGAACUGAAUGAUCAUUCUCUAGUGGAGGAGGUCCAGACUUACCUGAACAGUUGUAAACACUAUAGUUCUGGUUGUCUCAGUAGAACAAGUCUCUCUCCUGCUCAGUGGUCAGCACUGGUGUUUGUGUUGCUGAACUCAGAAGAAGAUCUGGAGGAGUUUAAUUUGAGGAAAUAUUACAGAUCAGAUGAAUGUCUUCUGAAGCUGCUGCCAGUCGUGAAAGAAUCCAGAAGAGCUGAGUUGGAACGUUGUUCUCUAACAGGUGAAAGUUGUGCAGCUCUGUCCUCAGUUCUCAGUUCAAACUCCAACAAUCUGAGAGAUCUGAACCUGAGUUACAAUAAGCUGCAGGAUUCAGGAGUGAAGCUGCUCUCUGCUGCACUGAAGAAUCCACACUGUACACUGGAGAUACUGAGGUUGGUGAACUGCAGUAUCACAGAAGAAGGUUUUAUAUCUCUGGCUUCAGCUCUGAGAUCAAACUCCUCAUCACUCCUGAAAGAACUGGAUCUAAGGGACAAUAAACCAGGAGAAUCAGGAGUGAAGCUUCUCACUGAUCUACAGAAGGAUCCUCACUGUAAACUGGAGACACUACGGUGA